GAUCUUUGCAAACCUUCAGCAGCCAUACAGACAGCAGCUGUUGACAUAUGGAGGGAUUCCACGGCUGCGGCGGUGGUACCCUGCAGUCACCGUCGCAUUAAAGAUGUCCGACUCAAAAAAUCCGUAUAUUUAACCAACUGCGGCCUUCAAACAGGAGGCGCCAGAACGGGAGGAGAUAAAAGACUCUAUCGCUUUAUUAUCUGUGGUCAGUCAGCAGUUAGCGGCGUUGUGACAGCUCACCAUCACUCCCAGCAACACACACUCUCUCUCUCUCUCUCGGUGCUAGAGUGACAGCUAUGUCUACGUUCGUCACGCGUGACACCGAUAUUAAAAAGAAGCACGUCCGUUUCGCCAGCAUGGAGGAGGACGACAACGACGACCAGGAGGAGGACACCCUGUUUGACAAGAGGAAGGACACCGGGCGAGAAAUGAAGAGCGCACUAAAGGGGGCGAAGAGGAAGACCACACAAAACAGCGACGACCGGGUGGAGGUGGUUGGCGGAGGAAGGGGCGGCCAAGGAGCAGCCGGCCGCUGGAUGGUUACGCUCGCGCUCUGUGCAUCUUGCCUGGGCUUGGGGAUGUGUAUCUCAGUUCUCGGCCCCACACUGGAAGACUUGGCUGCAAAUGUGAACCAGGACAUCGGCAACAUCUCCUACAUCUUUGUUGGCCGCUCUGCAGGCUACGCCGGUGGAUCCCUGUUAGGAGGCAUUCUCUUUGACUGCAUGAACCCCCAUCUCCUGCUAGGUUUGUCCAUGCUGCUCACGGCAUCCGGGAUGUGUGCCAUUCCUUACUGUAAGCAGGCUUUGCUCCUCACUGUGUUCAUGUCCAGCAUUGGGAUAUCUAUGGGUGUUAUAGAUACAGGUGGUAACGUGCUCAUACUGAACACGUGGGGUGAGCAGUCGGGCCCUCACAUGCAAGCGAUGCACUUCAGUUUUGCCGCUGGGGCCUUUGUGUCUCCUAUCAUAGCCAAGCUGGUGUUUGGGACUGACUGGACUGGCACUGGGGCCAUAGCACCAACCAAGAGUACGCCUUCCACAGAGCCCCAGGUGACCAAAACCGUCAACACUCAGGGAGUCUCGCACAGCACCCUCAACUCCACCUGGGCCUACAUCGUGAUCGGUGCUUUUGUCUUUCUCAUGUCCUUCCUCUUCUUCAUCCUUUAUUCUCGCUGCAGCGUGUCACGUGCGAAAACCCGCUCGGCCUCAGGAAAGCCCCUGGUGGCCAAAUAUCAUGUGGCUCUUACAGCUCUCCUUUUCCUCUUCUUCUUUGCCUACGUCGGUGCUGAAGUAGCAUAUGGCUCCUUCAUCUUUACCUUUGCUAAGGAGUACAUCGGCAUGGAUCCGGCGAAGGCAGCUGGGCUAAACUCCCUGUUCUGGGGGUCGUUUGCAGCGUGCCGUGGGUUAGCCAUCUUCUUUGCAGCCUGCAUGUACCCAGGAACCAUGAUCCUGCUCAGCCUGGUGGGUACCACUAUCUCCUCUCUUCUGCUCUGCUUCUUCAACAAGAAAGUGGCGCUCCUGUGGGUGUGCACUGCCAUCUAUGGGGCGUCCAUGGCUACCAUCUUCCCAAGCGGCAUCUCGUGGGUGGAGCAGUACACCACAGUAACGGGGCACACAGCGUCAGUUUUCGUGGUGGGUGCAGCGCUGGGUGAGAUGGUGCUGCCAGCACUCGUAGGCUUCCUGUUCGAGAGGUUUCCAGAGGACCCGCUGCUUAUGUACCUGUCACUCGUCACCGCCACCUUCACCUCCAUCAUCUUUCCAGUCAUGUACAAGCUGGCCUUGGUGCCCAACAGCCAAAGCAGGAAACACAGCACCAGGGGCCGUCCACCGAAUGACGAAAUUGACAGCAGUGAAUCCCAACGGGCACUGCUGGACUCAGGAGCUGAUGAAGAUGAGGAUGAGGAAGAGCAGGAUAAUGAGGCCGAUCAGUGGAACGAUGCAGACUUUGAGGUCAUUGAAAUGGACGAUACAUCAAAUUUGAUGAAUUCACCAAGCAAGAUGUCCUCUCCCCCUGAUGUUAUGGCUCUAACAGACAGCCCCACUGCCCAAACCACACAGGCGUCAGAGCCUGCAGACGCCACUUUCUCAGAGAGCAUCUCUUUGGUAGGAGACUCACCGAGACGCAAACUGCUGCUCUCUUUGGACCGAGAGAAGAGAGACUGAGAAUGUCGGCUCAGUGACACGCCUCAACUGUCCAUUUGCUGACCUGGAAACUCCAACAUGGUUACUGUUUGUACUCUAGUGAAGGAAGCACUGACUAAGCAGUACAGCUUAUAAAUCAUACACACAUCUCCGCAGCUCAAUUCAGUGCAUCUUUUAAAGCUUUUGGACAUCUGCUGGACAGUGAAGGAUCAGAUUUUGAACUGUUGCUAUUUUCUUAGAAAUCAUUUGACAGUGUGUUUAAUUUUGUUGUCCUGAUCCCCUCCACAGUUAGGUAAAAGGUAAGGCUAGAAUGAUGAACAUGAAAGCAAGAAAUAGAUCCGAUAUCAGCCUGAUCCUCACUCAAAGAACUUCACUGGGAUCGGUGGCAACAGGUUGAUCUAUUCAGUUCAGUUCUAUGUUCUGUGUUUACUAUGCCUUCCAUCAGCAGUAGAGCACUGAUUACAAACGGGAGAGCUAACAUAGCAUGGAUGAAGCCAACAGCCAAGCGACAGCAAGUUUUUAUACUUUUUACGUUUGCGGUGGUUUUUAACUACAGCUAAGAUUUCUCUGUCAGCUUCUCUCUUUGAGUUACUGGUAUCACAUUGGAACUAGACAAACAUGGAUUGAUUGAUCGCUAGAAUUCAGUGCCUUGUUUGAGGACGUGAGGAGAGUGGAUGAGCUGAACCAGGGACAGACAGCUAGCUACCCCCUUAAAAUUAAAUUUUGCACUGCAAAUACACUAUAUUGCCAAAAGUAUUCACUCACCCUUCUAAAUCAUUACAUUCAAGUGUUCCAAUCACUUUCAUGACCACAGGUAUAUAAAAUCAAGCUCCUAGGCAUGCAGACUGCUUCUAUAAACAUUUGUGAGAGAAUGGGUUGCUCUCAGGAGCUCAGUGACUUCCAGUAUGGUACUGUGAUAAGAUGCCACCUGUGCAACAAGUCCAGUCAGGAAAUUCUGUUAGCAUUAAAUGUUCCACAAAAUGGAAGUGAUUGCGAUUGACAGCAGCUCAGCCACGUAAAGUCACAGAGUGGGGUCAGCAACUGAGUCAAUCACCGCAGACUUCUAAACUUCAUGUGGCCUUCAGAUUAGCUCAAGAACAGAGUAUAGAAGGGUACAGAAUUGAUGCCACUGAACUCUAGACAAGUGGAGAUGUGUUCUCUGCAGUGAUGAAUCACAUCUACAUCUGGCAAUCUGAUGGAGGAGUUCGAGUUGGCGGUUGCUAGAACGGUACUUGUUUGACUGCAUUGCACUAAGUGUAAUUUUUUUUUUUUUAAAUGGGGUUGGGCUUGUUCCCUUAGUUCCAGAGAAAGGAACUCUUAAUAAUUCAGCAUACCGAGACAAUUUCAUGCUUCCAACUUUGUGGGAGCAGUUUGGGGAUGGCCCUCUCCCAUUUCAACACAACUGUGACCCAGUGCAUACAGUGAGUUUCUAAAGACAUGGACGAGGAAGUUUGGUGUGGAAAAACUUGACUGGCCUGCACAGAGUCCUACACCUCAGCCUGACAGAACACCUUUGGGAUGAAUUAGAGCAGAGACUGCGAGCCAGGUCUUCUCAUAGAGCACUGGUGUCUGACCUCACAAAUGGACUUCUGGAAGAACGCUUCUAAACCUCGCAGAAAGCUUUCCAGAAAAGUUGCAGCUGUUAUAGUUAAACAUGGAAUGUCACUCAAGCUCAUAUGUGUGUGUGUGUGAAGGCAGACGAGUGAAAACUUUCGGCAGUAUAGAGUAUGCAGCUGUUUUCUGUUGCACUUUUGUUAAAACUGGAUUUUUUUCUUUUUGGUCUUGUGCUGUAAUGUGUCAUGUCACUGUGAUUCCUCUAAAGCUCCUGAUUUAGUGAAAGAAAGAAGGCAUCUUCAUACAUUGAUUUUUUUAUUUUAUUAUAUCAAUCUCAAACCUUCACCCACAGCAAUGUUCAUUAAAAACAAACAAAAAGGAUCUCCUUCAUUAUAAGUUUUUACAUUUUUACAAAUCCACAGAUCCUGUGUACGGCUGCAUGGAGAGGGAGGGUUAAAGAUCAAAUUUUAAUGUAGUUUGAAGACGGUUUACACAGUAAAAUGGAAACAUACACAAAACCAUAUAUCCACAAGGAAAUAAUAGACUCUUCAUGGCAUAAAUUACCAAAAUACAGUAUUGCAGCAGUCCCACAUUUAAAAAUAAAAAAUGGAUAGCUUUCCAGUUUCCAUACUCUGUAGUAUGAACUGUCAAAUCUGCCAAAACGGACAAGGGCACCUUCAAAAAGAACGCAUCAAACUGCUUUGAUUGUGUUCAUGAUUGGAGCUGUAGUUGGUUAAUGCACAGUGAGAUUGGAGAUGGAUCUGUACAGGAACUAUUUACAAAAGACUGCAGUCAGUAUAAAAAGGAGAAAAAGUCAAUUAGUGGUUUGGGUGUAGUUCGUCUCUGAAUUUAUAAGAAGAUCUUUAAAAACCAGUUACAGCGAAUACACAAUACGACACAUGUUCCUUGAUUGGACUGGACUCAGUUCCGCAACAGGCCGUCUGUGGCCGUGUCAUCAAAGAGAUCAGCUUCAUUCGGCCCAUAGCAGCUAAUGGAGAUGGCAGCAAACGAACACAUGGCCUCUUCCACUGGAGGCAUGAAGUAAACAGUCUCCAUACUCAGAGAAAUA